CACAGCUCAAAACAAAACGUGAGGUUAUUUUGUGAACAAAUAAGUUCCAAUUAAAUACAUUUACAAUGCCAAAACCUACAAAGCUACAUGCGAAAAAGAAGCCCACCUCUAUUCAGAAGUCGGUAAACGUAGAUAACGAUAACUCUGCAGGAGCUGAUCCUGAAGAAUCUUUAAGACAAUUUCAGUUGGAGUUGUGUUGGUGUAUCCAACAAUUAGAGAAAACAUUAGCUGAAAACAAAGGGAAUGAAAAGCAAUUGACUGAAGCAUGGAAGGUAGUAAACGUGUUAAAGAACAACAGCCAGCCCAUUAUACGGAAGAGGCAGCUCAUGAGGACGCAUUUUGGUGACUACAGGGCGAAAAUGGCAGCUGAAGAAAAGAAACUGGCUAAAAUGACGAGCAAAAUCAAGAUAUCAGACACACCAACCCAGCCAAAAGCUACAUUCCUCAGGAAAUCUGCAUUUUUGACGACCGGGGACUCCUCAUUCAGGUUCAACUUCAAUUUAGCCCUAGAUCAAGUUGACACAGGCACCACAGUAGAUGGCAGCACUUUACAAGAGAAUCCACCCAUAGAUAAUAAAAAUAAUGAUACCAGUAUCAAAAAUGACAGCAAUUCACAAGAAAAUAAGAAUUUCAAAUUCACAUUCUCUGAUUCAGAAUUUAAAUUUAAUUUUAAUGUAAAAAAUUCUUAAUUAAGACUAAAUAGUGCUUGUAUAAAUUCAAAGUGGCUGAUAGCUUAUGAUAGCUUGCUGGAUUGGCCAAUUAAAAUAUAAGUAAAAUCUUGUGCACAGUGUAACACAAAAGUCAUCCCAUUUUCUUAUAUGUAUAUUGAUGAAAGAAAUGACACUAUACAGGGUUACCGCUGUUAAAUUUCUCACUCAAUAUUUGUGGACUGUGCCUAAUUCAUGAA